AUGUACAGUGGAAUACCUCGAGCCGUAGCUGAUCUCUGUGAGAACGAUGAUCUUGCAACAAUGAUCAUUGUUGAUAGUAUGUUUGGAUUUACAACACAUAAAAUGAAUGUUCGUUUUCGACCAAAUCGUCGUUUAUCUCCACAAUGGAAAUUAGCUGUAAAAAGAUUUCAACAACAUAUUGAUUAUGAACAAUGUUUUACUGAAUUAACUUCAAUUGGAAAUUGGUAUGAUCAUUUACUUGCACGUAAAAGUUCAGCACAAUUAACUGCAUUAAAAGAACAUAUGUUUCGUUUUUUACAUUUGUUCAAUAAAAAUUCCGGUGUUACACUUGAACCAUGUCAUCGUUAUUCAACAGAAAGUUUUGGAGGAAAAGUAGUAGCUACAAAAGAAUGGGCUGUUAAUGAUAAAAUUGAAAUGUUAAUUGGAUGUAUUGCUGAAUUAAGUCCUGAAGAAGAACAAGCUUUUCUGAAACCAGGUAUUAACGAUUUUUCAGUUAUGUAUUCAUGUCGUAAAAAAUGUUCUCAAUUAUGGCUUGGACCUGCUGCUUAUAUUAAUCAUGAUUGUCGUGCUAAUUGCAAAUUUGUAGCUACAGGUUUAAGUUCAGCUUAUAUUCAUGUACUUCGUCCAAUUGAAAUUGGUGAUGAAAUAACUUGUUGUUAUGGAUCGGAUUUUUUUGGUGAUAAUAAUUCACUUUGUGAAUGUCAUAGCUGUGAAAUACUUGGUAAAGGUGCAUUUCUAGAAAAAAAUUCAUCUAUAACACCAUCUUUAAUAAAUACUGAUCUUAUUUCAAUUCAAACAAUUCCAUCUUCUAAUGUUCCAGAUGAACAAGUAACAGUAUCACCACAAAUGAAUAGAAUUAUUUCUACACGUUUACGUCAAACUGAUAAACGUCUUCUACGUAAAACUCAUUCAACUAAUAAUAUCAUUGAAAAGCAAGAAAAAAAAAAAACUAAUGAAGAAACGGCUACAACAGUUUCUAAAUCACCAACAGUAGUCUAUCGUAAUAAAAAUGGUCAAUUUGCUUCCUCACCAAAUGGAUCGAAAUCAAUAAAAACGUCUUCUCGAAGGAAAAAAACAAAACCUACGAUUAAUGCUUCAUUACAAUCAUUUUCACCUACUUAUCCUUUAUCAACUUCAAACAAAUUAACAUCACGACAAAGUAGUACAAACUCACCGGUGACUAUUAAUCAAGAUAAAUCAUCAACAACAACAAUAUCAUCAAUUAAUUCUGAUGACCCUGCUUCAAAUUCUCCUUCAUCAAUAAUAACAACUACAGUGAAUUCAAAUUUACCUACUAUAACUACUCGACCAUCUCGUCUUCUUUCACCUACAUUAUCAACAUCUUCAUCUUCUUCAUUUUCAUCAUCUUCACCAACAUAUCGUAGAAGUCGUCAACGUACUUCAUCACAAUAUUCAUCAUCAUCAACAUCAUUAUCAACAACUACACAUUCAAAUAAUCCAAAUUUUCUUAUUUGGCGUCCAACAAUUCGUUCAAGUCGUCAUUCAAGUUCAUCAUCAAUUAGUUCUCUAUCAUCAACUACUGAUAGUGAACAUAAUAAUUCUAAUGAAAUAUCUCCACGACGAAUUCUUCCAAAAUUAACAAUUCGUAUGAAACCUGAUCCAUUUUCAUUAGAUGAUGUUGAAAAUAUAAAAUCAUCAAAAUCAUCUAUGGUUAACGUUAAACUUGAUAAUAAAAAACGACCGUUGAUGGAUACAACAAUUCAUGAAACACCAUCAUUACGUGCAAAAAAACGUCGAAAAACAUAG